AUGGCAAAAGUUUGUUGGCCAUACUUUGAUCCUGAGUAUGAGAACUUCAGCAACAGAAUUAACCCUCCAAGGGUCUCUAUGGACAAUGAUAGUUGCCAUGAUUGUACAUUGAUCAAGAUUGAUAGUGUCAAUAAACCAGGAAUUCUGCUGGAAGUCGUGCAAAUCCUAACAGACCUUGACUUCAUAAUCACCAAAGCUUACAUAUCUUCUGAUGGUGGAUGGUUUAUGGAUGUAUUCCAUGUCACGGAUCAGCAAGGAAAGAAGAUAACAGACAUCAAAAUUAUCGACUUCAUUGAAAAGGCUCUAGGACCAAAGGGCCGCAAAAGCACAGAAGGUGGGAAGAGUUGGUCAGGCAAGCGAGUUGGUGUGCACUCCAUUGGUGAUCAUACAGCCAUCGAGCUCAUUGGCGAAUAG